AUGGUUCCUCUGAGCCCGGGCCUCGAGUCCAACAAGGAAUCUCAGUUACCGACUAGCAAAGAACCGACAGAUGCUCUUGAUUCGUUCAAGGUUCAAUUUGAAGUUGACGAUCCGGAGAACCCAAAAAAUUUCAGCUCAACCUACAAGAUAUGGCUUGUGUUCCAGAUGAGCAUGCUUGCAUUCCUUGGUGCACUUGGGUCGUCCAUUAUUGCACCUGCCGAAACGGCGAUUGGAAAAUACACAAACGUGAGCAGCGAGGUCACAGCUCUAACUGUGGCUUUGUUUGUCCUAGGCUGGGCAUUCGGCCCAAUGAUAUGGGGUCCGAUUAGCGAGGUCUACGGUCGGCGCAUGGGGAUGCUGCCUGCGGUUUUCAUACUUGGGCUCUUUAGUAUCGGUACAGCGACGAGCAAGAAUGCAGAGAGCAUUUUCAUAACGCGAUUUUUCGGUGGAGUUUUUGCCUCGGCACCAAUUAGCAAUGUACCCGCCGCCUUGGGCGACAUGUUCGAUCCAGCGACCCGAGGAAAUGCCAUGACGUUUGUGUCAUUGUGCAUCUCCGGGGGGCCAACAGUCGGACCAAUUAUUGGCGCUGCAUUGUCACUCAAUUCAAGCCUAGGGUGGCGUUGGACAGAAUACCUCGAGGCUAUUAUCGCAUUCUUCCUUUUUGCGCUUUGUGCUUUGUGUUUGCCUGAAACAUAUGCCCCCGUUAUACUCAAGGAAAAGGCACGAAGACUCCGGAAGCUCACAGGCGAGCAAAGAUAUUGGCAUCCCCAUGAGCAGGAGAGGAUUGAUAUCCACAACGCCCUGACCAAACAUCUUGCUCGUCCCGUGCGAAUGUUGGUUACGGAGCCGAUGGUCACAUACGUUGCCCUCUAUGCUUCUUUUACUUAUAGUCUGAUCUACCUGACUUUGGAAGUUUUCCCAAUUGUUUUCAAAGAAGACAGAGGAUGGAGCUUGAUCAUUUCAACUCUCCCAUUCUUGGCGAUUUUGAUUGGUAUACAGUUUGCUGUCGUGAUCAAUUUUGCCAACUCCUCCUUCUACAAACGCGCUUUGCAGGCCAACGGAGGUAAAGCGGUUCCCGAGGCACGUCUUCCCCCAGUUGUACUUGGGGGAAUUCUACUUUCAGCGGGUCUUUUCUGGUUUGGCUGGACAGCCGCUCCUAAAUAUCACUGGGCGUUGCCUGUCGUCGCAGCUGGCUUUAUCGGUGCGGGCUUUAACGUUGUUUUUCAACAAUGCCUCAACUUCCUGGUCGACACAUAUGGAGUCUAUGCCGCUAGCGCUGUUUCUGCAAAUACCAUUUUGCGCUCCCUUCUUGCGUGCGCAAUGCCCCUAGCUGCUCGGCCCAUGUUUGAGAGUCUGGGUGUAGGGCCAGCGUCCAGUCUACUUGGUGGCAUUUCAUGCUUGGCAUUGCCGGUACCCUUUCUGUUCAUGAAAUAUGGCGCCACGUUAAGAAAGAAGUCAAGGUUCGUGCCUGGAGAGGCUUAG